AUGGGGCUUUACACUUUGGAAAAGUCAUUAAACUAUUACUUAACGCCCACCGCGGGUGACAAGGAUUACCUUGAAAGCGUGUGCGGAAUUGAAGUUACCGCCGCGUAUGACAAUGCGGACGGCGCCGCGCUGGUAAAGCCAGCGCCAGGGCAGUUUUACUAUGAGGUGUUCUCCUCGUGGUAUGGGGUGGUGGCGGAUCGAGAAGAACUCCAGGCCUCCGGUCUUUUCACCCCCCAGAUAGCUGCUCGGGUUGCCGAGGUCGAGGGUAUUGAAGAAUUAAAUACCGGCCACCAGCCCGCAGCUCGACCGGCCGCUCAACCGGUCGUACAGCCCCCACAACCCCCCGUCGACGCCCUCAAAAAACAUGAGGCAAUAUGGGGGAUGGAGAAGCAAUUCAACACCGCCAACACGUGUUUCUUUAAAAAACGUAAGGACCAACAUAAAAAUGCUCGCGAAAGCGGCAUUAAUUAUUUAGAGGCGGCUACGGAGUUCCUCUGGAGGUGGAAGAAGGAGGGCUAA